AUGCAUUAUGGUUCUACGACGUUUUCUAAAAAUGGCUUGAAUACGAUUGAGCCACUUCAGCCUGGUGCUGUGAUCGGACAGCGUAAAACAUUAAGUGCUAUUGAUAUUCAAGAAGUUCGACUCUUCUAUGGUUGUGAUGCAACAGGAGCUACAUUACCUUCAACAAGUAAUCUGCCCCUUGCUCCUUCAACAAUUAAUCGGCGCCUUGCUCCUUCAACAAGUAAUCUGCCAGUUGCUCCUUCAACAAGUAAUCUGCCACUUGCUCCUUCAACAAGUCCUGCUGCCGUCUCGCACAAACAAAAAAUGGCGUGA